AUGAACUUCCAACAGAACACGGCAGUGCCAGUGUCACAGUCCGCAGUCACGAGUCUGCCAGCUGGCAUCGAGGGCGAAGUAGACAAGGGGGAAGGGAUCAGCGUACACUCAUCAGGCUACGGAGGCGGACCUGCAUCGAGAGAGGAAGCACUCCCUCAUCUUGAGGGGCAAGCGGCUGUCCACGGGGUGUAA